AUGAGACGAAUGAAACCAAUACGACCAGGAAAGUUCCAAAAUCAACAGCCAAAAUCUUAUCAGUUUCAAUUUAAUGUUGCUGAAUCAAAUGAAACGGACAAUACAACAACAACAACUGCUGUUGAAGUAGUACCAUUGGGUGAGGAGUCACAACAGCAGAGUUUAACUUCCGAUCAGUUACAGGCUUUGUUCCGCCAAGCAAGUUCUGAAUUGGUAGCAGAAACAACAGAUGAACAGGAAUUCUUCAAGCGUGAAGCAACAAUUAAAGCGCCUAAAACAUCAAAAGUAAUACAAACACCAUUUCCAGCUCCUUUAUUAGAACGUAAAGAAGACUUCGAAUUAGAUAUUGAACAAUUGAAACAAUUAGCUAAACAAGAUGCAGGUCCACUCAUCAUCGAAAGAUAUUCUCCUAGUGAAGAACUAAUUGAUUACGUACUUCCAGCAGCAACGUUAACAUUUAAUCAACCAAUGGUUCCUGUAUCCUCAUUGGAUGAAAAUACAAAUGUCGAAGAACUUGGAAUAUCGUUAACACCGAAAAUAGAAGGCAGAUGGAGAUGGACAGGAACAAAAACACUUCAAUUCGAGGCAAAACAUCGUUUUCCAUAUUCGACAAAAUUUACACUAAAAGUUGACAAAGAACGUUGUGUAUCAGCCCUAGGAAGAAAGUUAGCCGAAGCAUUUGCUUUUCAAUUUUCGACAGAUACAGCAAAAGUGACUAAUUUUUCACCUCAUGGAAUGGUUCCAACAUUAAAACCGAAAUGUUUUCUAUUAUUUAAUCAAAAAAUUGAUACGAGUGAAAUUUUGAAGCAUGUACGCGUCGUAAGCAGUAGUGGAAACGAGAUUCAAAAUCAAGAAUUAGAAAUCUUAGAUGAAGCAACAGCAAAGAGUGAAUUUGAAUCAAACAUAGAAGCUGAUGAAGGAAAUCACGAGAAAUAUAUUGCUUUUACGUUUAAAAAUGAUUUAUCGAAAGCAACAGAAUAUACAGUUCAACUACCUAUAGGCUGUCCAUCAGCUGAAGGUCCAUUAAAGACAACAUCCGAGUGGUCAACUAGCUUUUCCACUUACGAACCAUUGAAAAUAAUCGAUUGGUGUCCUAGUGAAAAACAUUCAUGGCAACAAUCUGCUGCUCCCGGUCAAAGUUGGUCGGUCACAUUCAAUAAUUCAUUAGAUCACUCAACAGUCAACAAAUCAUUAUUCAAAAUUGAACCAGAAGUCAAUGGUUUAGGUAUCGAGCAUAUGGAAUACAAUGACCGACAAGUUACGAUACAUAAUGAUUCAAAACCAAACACCGUUUACACACUGGUCAUAGAGGCAGAAUCAUUAAAAGACAUUCAUGGCCAGACAUUGGAACACGAUUUCUCUGCUAAACCAAUUCAAUUUAAAGUGCAUGAUCCACCACCAUUAAUGGGAGAUAUAUCGGGUGCUACAGGUAUGGUUACGAUGGAUCCUGGUGUAUUAGAUGAACCGUUUUAUCCAUUUAUGGUUUAUAAUUUUUCCGAAUUAACAGUUCGUAUUAAUCGGGUAAAACCAGAACAUUAUGAUCAAAUGUUACCAUGCUUUAAUUCAUAUGCAUAUACCAUGGAAGAUCAACCGUGGUACAAUAAACUACCUGGCGAAGAGUUAUUAAAUGAAGUAAUGCAAACAAAUUGUGAGCGUGAUGAACCGAAAGAAAUAAGAAUUUCGUUGAAGCAAUAUCUAAAUCAAAACUCAGGAACAGGACAAUUAAUUCUAUUAAUUGAACCAACAAAAAAAGCAUGGAGCGAAUGUCAAAAUCAUGAUUGGCAAUAUCGACAAGUAAAGUCAGCCUGGAUACAAUGUACACGGCUAGCGGUUGACCUAUUUGUUUCUACAGGUAACAAUGACGCAUUGACUGCAUGGGUUACUGAAUUAAUGACCGGUGCACCUGUUCCUCAAGCCACUGUCAUUGUACCAAAUAAAAAGGGAGAAACCAAUCAACAAGGUUUAUGUACUAUUGAAAAAUACGUGACCGGAAACGAUCAAACAAAUAAAAUAUUAGUUGUAGAAAAAGGUGAUGAUCUGUGUAUGUCAGUAAAUAUUCAUGCUUAUCCAUCAUACAUGGACGUUUAUGUUUGGCAUGCGUUCAAUGAUCGAGGUUUAUACAAACCGAAAGAGGAUGUGCAUAUAAAAGGUUAUGUUCGAUUAUUGGAAGUGAAAGGUGAAGCAAGAUUACCAACUUAUGUUCAAGGUACCAUUGAUUAUACGGUACAUGAUCCUCGUGGUGAGCAACUUCUCCAGUCAAAAGUCAAGUUGAAUACUUAUGGUGCAUUUGAUAUUCAAUUUACAUUGCCUGACAAUGUCAAUCUAGGCAAUGCGUACGUAGCAUUCAUCUUACCAGAUUCAGUAAAUAGUUACACACAUCAAUUCAAAAUUCAAGAGUUCAGAAGACCAGAAUAUGAAGUUUCAUCAACGAUUCAAUCAGCAACAACCUAUUAUUGUCAUCCAACCACGGAUCAACAUGCCAUCGUUACUUGUCAAGGAAAAUUGUUCUCAGGUGGUUAUCUAAACGAUGCAAAUGUCCGAUGGACAGUACGAGCUGAAACUACCAAAUUUAAACCAGCUAAUCGAUCUGAAUAUACAUUUGGUAGAGCUGAACCGAUGUUUUUCUGGUUUCGUCAUAAUGAUGAAAACAAAAUAUCAUAUCCUGCAAAACAUAUUCAGGGUACAACAAAUGAUAAAGGUAUGCAUGAAAUCAAAAUUAGUUAUCACGGCAUUGAAGAAGAACCAAGACCAACGGUUGUGUCUGCAUUGGCAGCUAUUACUGAUAUAAAUCAUCAAACACAAGAAACACAAACACAAUUUAUCGUACACCCAUGUACUUACUAUGUUGGAUUUCAAAUGUCAACAUACUUUGGCAAGAAAGAUAAACCUGUACCAACAAAAGUCAUUGUAACCGAUGUUGAUGGAAAUUUAAUUGAUAAUAUUGUUGUUGAAUGCAAAAUAGUUGGAAGUGGUAAAGAAAGAAAAGAAGAUGAAAAUGGUUUGACCAUCUAUGAAAACGUCAAAGAUGAACAAGUCAUAACGGCUGUUAGUUCAAGUAAAGAUGCCAUCAACAUUGAAUUUACACCAAAAUUAGGUGGUGAGUACAAUAUUUCAUUUACUAUCAAGGAUGAGCAAGGACGAUCAGCUAUGAGUUUCUACGACGGUCUUUACGUCUGCGGUGGUUUCGGAAAAGAAAUGGAACAACAAAAGGUGGAUUAUGUUCCAAUGGAAGAAGUCAAAAUCGUACCAAAUGCAACGAAUUAUCAACCAAACGACGCAUGUGAACUACUCAUAUUAGCUCCGUUCAGUCCAGCAAAUGGUCUACUUGUAUUUGACUGUGAUGGUCAAGUUUCGCAACCGAUUCCAUUUCAGAUCGAAUCGGGACAAAGUUCGACGACUGUUGAAUUUAAAAUUUCAAAAGACUGGGUCCCAAGCUUCACCGUGCAUGCCGAAUUAGUAGGCACAGCUCCACGACAAACUGAAGUAACUGAUUCACAGAAUCGUCCAGCAAUUGCUACUGGUUCACAAUUAAUCGAAAUAUCCAGAGAUGUUUAUAAACUAGACGUUUUAGUUAAUACAAAGGAAACAAAUAAAGUGUUUACACCAUCAUCAAUCAUCCAUAUCGAUGUGGACGUUACACAAUAUGUUGACAAAGCACCUUUAGACAAAGUUGAAGUUUGCUUGGUUGUUGUUGAUGAAGCAAUUUUAUCAUUAACUGAUCACAAAUUGGCUAAUCCAUUAGAUUUAUUUUAUCCUAACCGAUUAGCAAGUAUCCAGCAAUUUCAUGAUAGAGAUCGUUGUUUGGUAUUCAGUAAGCAAGAUAUCGAAAAGUUCAAGAAAGAUAUGCAACAAAGCUACAAUUCAUCCUCGAUAAUGGCAGACACAUGCUGUUUCAGAACAGCGUCGAGGAAGCUGCGUAUGGAGGCUUGUGGAAUCGGCGGUUUUGAAGGUUCUGGUCCUCAGGAAAAAAUAGCUGUUCGAUCGAACUUCAAUCCAUUAGCGUGCUGGAUGCCAUCAUUAAUCACUGAUCCAUCAGGACAUGUUUCAUGUGAAAUUAAAUUACCUGAUAAUCUAACACGCUAUCGCGUAUGGGCACUGGCAGCCAAUGAUAAACAAUAUGGUUUGGGUGAAAUGUCACUUACUGUACAAUUACCAGUUAUGGUUCGACCUUCACCACCAAGAUUUCUUAACUAUGGUGAUACAGCUCAUUUCUCAGUUAUUCUACAAAAUCAAACUGAUUCAUCAUUACAAUUACAUGCUGGUCUACGCGCUAGUAAUGCUAAACUGUUAGCAUCACAAGAAAAUCAACAAAUGGCUGGUUACUCUGUUGCUCUACAGCCAAAUAAACGAGUUGCUCUCACAUUCCCAUUGUCAACAGUACGUUCUGGUACGGCUCGAUUCCAGUUCAUGACCAGUACUGUCAAGAGUGAAACAUCUCCAUCAUUUGGUGAUGCCAUUGAAUUCAGUGUACCUGUAUUCACUCCAGCAACAUCGGAAGCAUUUGCAACAUACGGUGAUGUGUCCGAUGAAGAAGUUGUUCUACAGCCGAUAAAAGCACCAGAAAAUGUUAUUCCACAAUUUGGCGAGUUAUCAGUAUCAACAAGUUCUACAGCAUUAGCAUCAUUAACCGAUGCAAUCAUUGCGCUCUAUACAUAUCCAUACGAGUGUUCAGAACAAUUAAGUUCAAGAUUACUUGGUGUACAAUCACUAUGGGACGUUUUACAAGCAUUUCAAAGUAAAGAUUUACCCGAAGUAUCCGAAGUGAAAUCUAAGCUGGAAUCCGACAUGAAGAAACUUAAAGGCCGUCAAUAUUCAAAUGGUGGCUUUGGUUACUGGACAAAUCGAAGCGAUUCAGAUGCCGAUCCUUUUAUGAGUGUGCAUGUUGCACAUUGCUUGGUUGUUAUUGAUCAGAAAAAGGUCAACGAAACAAGUGAAACAGCUAACUUUACUACAUCGUAUGGUGAUGAUGGUCAAUCGGUCAUGUUACAUUCGGAUCGUCGAACAGAUGCUAUAUUAUUAGAAUCAUUAUUGCAUAUUGAUCAAAACUCAACUCUAUGCACUAAAUUGUGUAAGAGCUUACAAGCACAUAAAGUGAAGGGUGCAUGGAAAUCUACACAGGAAAACUGCUUCGUAUUGAUUGCAUUGGAUAAAUAUUUUCAUAUCAAAGAAAAAGAUACACCAGAUUUCGUUGCAAACAUUUGGCUUGACAACGAUUACUGUGGUCAACAUCAAUAUAAAGGUGAGGUUAUAUAA